AUAUGGCGGAGGCUUCCAUUGGGAGUUCAAGUCCAGUUGGCUCUUUGUCGUCGGAAGAUCAUGACUUUGACCCGACUGCAGAGAUGCUAGUUCACGAGUACGACGAUGAGAGGACCCUGGAGGAGGAGGAGUCUCUGGAAGGGGGAGGCAAUUUCAGCUCUGAGAUUGCGGAUCUGGAGAAGGAAGGGAACAUGCCGCUGGAGGAGCUGCUGGCUAUCUAUCGCUACGAUGCCUCGGCUGGUUCCAGUAUAGACAGCUCCUCUGGCGACCUCACAGACGAGCUGCCCGACAUGACUUUGGACAAAGAGGAAAUUGCUAAAGACUUGUUAUCUGGCGACUACGAGGAGGAGACCCAAUCAUCAGCGGAUGACCUCACCCCUUCGGUCACCUCCCACGAGGCCACCGAUUUCUUCCCCAGAACACUUCGAUCCAACGCUGUCUCUGACGGGGAUAAAGACUCAGAGUGUGACGAUGAUGGUCCAAGUCCAGAAGACUCGAGAAAGGAAAUAAUGGUGGGCGAUGAGUACCAAGCACAGGUUCCUUUGACAAUCUGCUACUACAUAGAAGAGGAGAAAGUGUACGAAGAUAAAGACGAGCUCAUGUGGAGCCCGGGUGCGCUGCCAGAGAGCAAGGUCAGGAGCUUCCUGACCGACGUGAUGUCACGGACGACGGACGAGAAGACGACGCACGACAAACCGCAUGUUCGAGACAACGAACAGGCUUUGCUUGAGCUCGUCAAGUGCAACUACAACACGCACGAGGCGCUCGAACAAUACUGUAGCCACCUCAAGUCCUCGAAAGAAAAAUGUCCCCCGUGGUCUGAAGAGGAGUGCAAGAACUUUGAACAUGCUCUGCAGAUGUAUGACAAGAACUUUCACCUCAUCCAGAAACACAAAGUGACAACGCGAACGGUAGCAGAAUGCGUGGCGUUUUACUACAUGUGGAAAAAGUCGGAGCGUUUCGACUUCUUCGUGCAGCAGAAUCGCUUCGGCAAGAAAAAGUACAGCAGCUAUCCCGGCGUGACAGACCUUAUGGACAGGCUCGUGGACGAAGCCGAGGGUUUGGCCGUGGACAGUUCGUCGUCCAUGUGCUCGGGAGGCAGCGGCGGCGGAGGGAGGAUGGAAAGCACGACGGAUCAACAGCUCAGCCUGCUCAACUCCAUCACGGCCAGUGACCUCACAGCUCUGAGCAACAGCGUAGCGACUGUGUGCAGCCCGGCCGAGGUGACGUGUCUGGACUCGUACAGCUUCCCCCCACUGGACAGCCUCCACCGCACCUCCCUCAACCACGACGAGUCGCUGGGCUUCCCUUCGGGAGGCGGAGACGCCGACUGCCUCAACAUGCUGGACGCCGGCUUCUACCAUUCUGAGCUGGGCCAGCUGAGCGGCGUGUGCGUCGCCAAGGACUGCGAGCGACCCUCCAAGAGACUCAAGAUGGCGCUGCCGGACUCGUUCAUAGGCGACGUAUCCGUGAGCAACCUCGGCGUAGACUUUGAAGCACGCCGGACCACGCCGCACCACCACCGGAUAACCGGCGCCAAAAUGGCCGUGUCGGUCACGGACUUCGGCGAGCCCAACGUUUUUUUGGGAGGGCACUCUCGCCACCACUCGCAACACACCGCAGCACUUCAGUCCGACUGAUCUUCCUUGUCCUCUUCCUUCAUUCUUCCUUUUUUUUUGCGUGUACAUAAAAGACUGACCUCACAUCAUAUAUAUGUACAGAAAUAUAAUUUUGUUUCAUUUUUUUGUGUACUAUGACAUCAGUGAUGUCUCAUAUAUAGAUCUAAAAAUCUUGAUUUCUCUCAAGACUUUAUAAUAGCCAUUUUAUUUGUUUGUCGCCGUGGUAACGUCCAUGUACAGUUUGAUCAACAGCGGCCUGCCAGCUUUCUUUUCUGGUGCCAAAAUCAUAUUUCGAAGGUGCUUAUUUAAAGUGGUACUUUUUUUUUUUAUAUAAAUCAAGUGUUUGGUUUACAGGUACGUUGCAGUAAGCAUGUUGCUAGCUUUUUAUUUUCUUCUGAUUUGGGUGUACCUAUUGUGACUCAGAGGUACUACAUCAGAGGUGUCAAACUCAUUUUCGUAUUUAUGGUUUAGAAGGCUGUUACACACAUUGUUGGCCCUGCUUUUUAUCAUGUUUAAAAAAAAAAAAAAAGUUAAUUUGUUCUAACUGAAGGCAAUUUAAAAUUUUGGACAGAUUUUCUGCCAAAAUGAAAAAUUCUCAAGAAACACCAAGUAAAGUACUUGCCGUUGUGGGCCACAUAAAAUGACGAGGUGGGCGGGAUCUGGCUCCUGGGCCUUGAGUUUGAGGACCCAACGUAAUCUCCCAGCCAUCCAUUUUCUGAGCUGCUUCUCCUCACAAGGGCAGGAGGCAGGGUACACCCUGAACUGGUCGCCAGCCAAUCGCAGGGCACAUACAACCAUUUGCACUCACGUUCACACCUACGGGCAAUUUAGAGUUGUCAAUUAACCUACCAUGCAUGUUUUUGGGAUGUGGGAGGAAACCGGAGUGCCCGGAGAAAACCCACGCAGGCACGGGGAGAACAUGCAAACUCCACACGGGCGGGGCCGGGGAUUGAUAGUGAGGCAGACGCUCUAAAGAACGUAAUCAGCAAAUGACCCAAAAAAAAUAUUUAACUUUCCAACUCGCAGACUAAAGUCACAAAAGGCUCACAUAUAACAUUGUAGUUGAAAAGAAAUGCAGAAUUUAUCCAACUUUGGCCACAAUGUGACGUGUAACCCUGGUUGUUAACGUGGCAAUUAUGUUGCCGUAAAGUCUGCUUUUUUGCGUCGUAUGAACGUUCAAAUUGGCCACCUGGAGCACUAAUCCAGUUAAAUUCCUUGUUUUCGUCAAAUGUGUUCAUUGUCUGAUGAAAAAUUGUCAGAUUUUGGCGACAUCUUUAUUUUGUUUCUCCAAUUAAUGAUUGCUAAUCGCAGAGUUAGCAAUGUUAGCGAAGGUUUAAUUGGAGCACUUGUAAUGGUGAAACACCAGUUGUAUUUUUUUUUAUUUUUUUUUUGGGUCCAUUUGCAAUUUUGGUCAUUUCAGCAAUUUCUUGCUCUUGAUUCCCUGAGUAUCCCUAGUUGUUAAUCCCAUUUUAAUCACAGUAAUAAGUAUCAUUCAAAUGUGUUAAUUGGCCAAGUGGAGCAGUCUUAUUGGAUCAAAUUAAAAUGAACUUUCACCUGACGACUAAUUGGCCGUCAUGGACUGAAACUCAACUCGAACUCGUCGCUGAAGACAUUUCAAUUUGGGCAAUUUUGGCCACCACCUAGCUGUUACUGACAUGUUUAGAGAUGUUCGCGUUUAAAAAAACAAACAAACAAACAAAAAAAACAACUUUUUGGCACGUUUUCGUUUUGUUGUUAAUUUCACACCCCAACUUGAUUCCAUGCCCCCCCCGCCCCCUCGUCACAAUGUUGGCAUAAAGCCAAAAACUAAUUGUACACGCUGAAAAUGACAGCAUUGCUCGUUCACAAGUGUUUUCCAGUUGCAACAAUUGGCAUCUUGCCGAUACUUAAAUUUCUGUUGAUCCAGUCAUGUCGGAAUUCGGAUUUUGUGUGCAUGUAGUGUUUUCUAAGAACUUCAGUAUUUGAUGCCCGCGCAACUAUGUAUGUGUGCGUGUUGGCUGUGUAGCAGGGGGGGGGGGGGGGGCGGUUGUCAGACCGUAUUAUAUUUUAGCGCGGAGGUCUUCAUGCAUCUAUGCAUUGUGUGACAUGUAAGGUUCAUUUCAGGGGCUGUACAUGACAUGGUGUUUGUGUGUGUUUGCAGUGUUCACGCACUCGGAUCAACUCAUUCACGCUGUCCAUGGCAUCGUUGAUGUAAAUAUGAAUUAGCAAGUAGCCUUUAAAAAGUCGAAUGACCUGACCUCUAUUUGUCAAUCUGUGUGCAUACAAAUCUUAUUAUUGUUAUUAUUCUGUUUGUUUUUAAAAUGGCCAUCCAUUGUAGAUAUGUACAGAAUCUAGAGGUUUUUGCCUUGUACUGGUUGACUUGGGAUUGUUUGGCUUUUUUUUUUUCCUUUUUUCUUUUUUGAUUAGAUACAUUGGAACACAAUCCGUGAACGUGUCGAAACCACGUAAACUGAAAUUGAGCCGUCACAGGGUCAAACUCGUUUUGUUUUUUUAUGCAAUGCUUUGGCUAUUACAAAUAUGUCUGGCUCUGUGCUUAUAGUCACAAAAUAAGGUUUCAUUUGGCGUCAUGGAAAAAGCUAAAAACUAUAUGCUCACAAUUUUGUGAGGCUUUUUUUCUCUCUCUCUCUCUCUCUCUCUCUCUCUCUCUCUCUCUCUCUCUCUCUCUCUCCCUGCCCCCCUCCCCCAUGCAAAAAGUUGGACUCCAAAUUAAUUUGCUUUUAGGGCAUUCACCUUCAUGGCUUCCACUGUGUUAUGGUUCUUUGCUCCCUAAAGUUAAGUGAAGACGCUCAGAUGGGCUUUGCCCAUGCACGCCGACCGCCCCAGACUGAAAAAUGCCACGUCAAUUAUUCUGAUUAUUAGCGUUAUCGUAAAAAGAGAAAAACUCUUCCCUAUAUUUGUCUCGAUGGUAAAGGGAUGGCUGCUGCUCUUUGGGGAGAUGUUUUGUACUUUUGUUGGUUUUUGUUUUGUUUUGUCCAAAAGAAAAUGCAGUAGGUGGUGACUAGCGGUGCAGUGCUAUUUAUUAUUUCACUCUGUGGUUUGUACAAACACUUGUCGGAAUGUAAAAGGCCAUUUAAGAAGUGGUAGGUUCAAGUAUUUUUUUUUUUCUUUCGCCACCCUGUGAACUCUGGAAAAAUGUGAUAUUUUAUUGAUGUGCAAGUGUGUGUGUGAGAGCGUGGAAGAAAGCACUAAGCAAAUUUAAUUGUAUAUUUUUUGUUGUUUUUUUUAAAGUCAUUUUGCAGGAAAGAAACAUUUAAAAAAAAUACUAAAUACCUUUGUGAAUAAAAACCCCGACAGAAAAACUAUAUAUCCAGAAUUCUAGACAAUCAAAAAGGCAUCACUAUAGAGAAAUGUUCCAGAACAGAAGUUAUCUUUGUUUAUAAGAAUUGUACAUUGACAUUCAGUUUGUUUGUUUUCUCUCUUCUCUGCAUUUGUUAAACAUUCUUUUGUAUUUUUUGUUGUUCUUUAAUACCUU